UUGGGGAGACAGGCAGCCAGAAGCUCCUGUGCCAGAGGUGGAGAUGAAGGAGAUGGAGGCCCCCGAUGCACACUUCACAGUGGACAAGCAGAACAUCUCCCUCUGGCCUCCAGAGCCUCCUCCCAAGCCUGAUCAGUCUCCAGUCCUAAGGAAACCUCUCAGCCUCCGAGUGGCCUUCAUCUGUCUGGCAUUGGUGCUGGUCACCUCUAUUGUGCUUCAAGCUAUUUUCUAUCCCAGAUUGAUGGACAAAAUAUUGGAUGUGAAGAGUGAUGCUGAGAUGUUGAGAGGUCGUGUAGACAAUAUCAGCACCCUGGGUUCUGUUCUUGAGAAGGACAGAGGCCGUGUGGAGAAGACUGAAGUUCAGAUGCAGACACUGAACACCAGCCUCACCCGAGUGCAUUCUCAGAUUCUGUCUUUGAGGACCAGCAUGGCACAAGCCAGUGCUCAUAUCGAGGUAUUAACAAGAAACUGGGAAAAAGUUGAUAAUCUCAGUUCUAAAAUCCUGGAGCUGCAAAGAUAUCCAGAUAAAACCAGCACCUUAAAUGCAAAGGUCCAAGGACUGCAGGGCAGCUUGGAGAAUGUCAACAAAGUGCUCCAAAGACAGAGUAAGUAAAGAGAAGAUCACCCUGCAGGCUGACUAGUGGCCAUAACACCCUACCUGUCUUGGACAGGAGGCCAGCUAGUUUGUGGGUAGA